CCUACUGCCUUGAUAUAAAUUACACACAUAAUCUAAAAGAUAAUAAAAGGUGAGAUUCACUCUCACUUGGCUUGCUUUAAGGAUUUUAAUUGUGACAUUUUAUUGACUGGAAGUAGAGCUUGUAGAGAUGAAGAUAAGCUACAUGCUGUUUUGUGCCUCAUUGUGUGUACUGUCCCCUCAAUUGUCAAGAACCCAUGGGAUGACCCUUAGGGGUCUAGAGAAAAGAGGAUGGACACUGAAUAGUGCUGGAUAUCUACUUGGACCUUAUGCACACAGAACUCUUAAUGUACGGCAUGGAACCAGUGUGGGCAAGCGGGACAGCACAGAGGACGCCAUCCUGCCAACACAUCAGCCUUUAUAUAGAUCUAUAACAGAUGAGUCAUAUCUCCAUGCACUUACAGAACUUUUCUCAUAUCUACGCAUAAGAGAUGAUGAAAGCAUUGAAGACCUGAUCAGUUCUAGGUUUGCUGAUGACAUGACACGAUAGAAGAAAUGGCC